GGCGGGCGGCCGCCAUGUUCCCGCCCCCCCGUGCUGGCUGUGGUCGCAGUGCGGAGUUCCCUUCCGGGCCGCAGCAUCCUCCUCCUCUGGCGGCAUGUCUGACCGAGAUCUCUCCGCUGCGGUGUCCUCGGAGGCGGCUGGCGGGAGCCAGGGGAGGCCGAAGCUGCGGCGAUGUAUCCCGGCCGGGCUGACGGUGGAGCCGGUGCUGUUCCUGUCCAUGUUCGCCAUGGCACUGCAGGGGCCGCUGGUCACACAGUAUAUAUGGGACCGGGUCAGCGCCGACCUCGGCUUCAAUGGCACCAAACAGCAGGGCUGCGGCCACCUGAACGGAACCACCGACCCACUGCAACAGGUAAGGGAACUGGGUGACAUCAUACAUGGAGAAUCACAUACAUCAUACAUGGAGAAUAACAUACAUCAUACAUGGAGAAUAACAUACAUCAUACAUGGAGAAUCGCAUACAUCAUACAUGGAGAAUCGCAUACAUCAUACAUGGAGAAUCACAUACAUCAUACAUGGAGAAUAGCAAACAUACAUCAUACAUGGAGAAUAACAUACAUCAUACAUGGAGAAUAACAUACAUCAUACAUGGAGAAUAACAUACAUCAUACAUGGAGAAUAACAUACAUCAUACAUGGAGAAUAACAUACAUCAUACAUGGAGAAUAACAUACAUCAUACAUGGAGAAUCGCAUACAUCAUACAUGGAGAAUCGCAUACAUCAUACAUGGAGAAUAACAUACAUCAUACAUGGAGAAUAACAUACAUCAUACAUGGAGAAUAACAUACAUCAUACAUGGAGAAUAACAUACAUCAUACAUGGAGAAUAGCAUACAUCAUACAUGGAGAAUAGCAUACAUCAUACAUGGAGAAUAGCAUACAUCAUACAUGGAGAAUAGCAUACAUCAUACAUGGAGAAUAGCAUACAUCAUACAUGGAGAAUAGCAUACAUCAUACAUGGAGAAUAACAUACAUCAUACAUGGAGAAUAACAUACAUCAUACAUGGAGAAUAACAUACAUCAUACAUGGAGAAUCACAUACAUCAUACAUGGAGAAUCACAUACAUCAUACAUGGAGAAUAGCUAACAUACAUGGAGCGUGUGUAUUGUUAUACAUGGCGAGACAGGGAGGGAUUGUGUUUAUUGUUAUUAUAAUGGCUGUACACAGCUGGCUCAGGUGGGCGGGGGUUUUCCUCAGUGAAGGCAGGUUACACACCAUGUGCUGUGACAAAGGAGAGAGCAAGGAGUACACCGACAUCUCAGGGGCCACACAUGUAAUGAGCAUGGGGUACACCGACAUCUCAGGGGCCAGACAUGUAGAGAGCAUGGGGUACACCGACAUCUCAGGGGCCAGACAUGUAGAGAGCAAGGGGUACACCGACAUCUCAGGGGCCAGACAUGUAGAGAGCAAGGGGUACACCGACAUCUCAGGGGCCAGACAUGUAGAGUGCAAGUCUUCCGCAUCGCCAGCCAAUGAGGCGCUACCUUGCAACCAUGCGUUACCCUUCUCUGUGAGUCCCCACAUACUGGGCUGACUGCCUGAGAGUGAUAGGAAUGUGAUUGUUGUUAGCAAUCAUACAUCUAUCAUUAACAGCCGUGUGCAUACUGGGAUCCCAGCAUGCUGGCUGCUUGAGAGUGAUAGGAGUGUGAUUGGUUUCAGCAUGUUCAGUUAAUGCCAGAUUUGUGUAGAAAUUUUUUAUUUUAUUUUUUUUAAACUUUAAAAGUAAAGAAUAUCAGCACUGGUUAUCGGCAACAGGCCUGAAAGGCGACUGAUAAUCUGUAUUGGCAUCAGCUCUGGAAAAAUAUUGGUUGAUCCCUAGUUGCCAUCACUAAAGACAAGUUGCACAUAACUGAAUAAGUGAGGUUUUUUUUAUUUUAUUUUUUUUAGACUUUAUGGGUCAGUUUGGUUUUUAUCUGCUGUAACAAUCUGUGGUUCUAUAAUCUCACAUUGGUAACACAUCCUGAGGGUGCUAUUCAAAUACUCAACUUCUGGAUAACACAUAUUAAGUGCACUUAAUUAUUCUGCAAACCUGUAAUUUAUCUUGCUUGCAAUAACGCUAGUGAACAAAAGAAUGCCUGUGGGGUUGCCUGUUUUGAAGUGAUUGAAAAUCUUUAUUUAUGGAAUUUUUUUCCCCAUUAGGUUUAUGAACAAAAUAAAGAUACACUAGUAUACUAAUACAAGUUGCAAGAAAUAGAUGAAACAAGAUCAAUGGUCAGGAGGGUAAACAGUUUUAGCAUAUUACAAAGAUAAGAGUAAUAUAAGUGCCCUCCUAUUGCUGAGACCGCCCUAACUUCACCCAUUAAACCGAGCUUCCAUGCUUGAGAAACAUAGUUGUUUACGAUCUCUUUAGCAUGGGCACGACAAGGACUACUAUGUAUGGCAAGUCCACACUCUGUGGUAACCAUUCACAGGGAUGAACUGCCAUUUCAGCACUCGAGCAAGUGCAGGCGCUAGUGCAGAGGACGACAGAAGAGAAAGAUAUGAGGGGACUAAUAACCCACUUAUUAAACAUGUUAUGUAGCGCUACGAGAUCUUCUGUUUCCUGUCCAAGUAGCUCCCCAUUUGCCUUUUCCCACGUAUUCACCCUCACCUAUGUUUAUGUUGGCCCCACACAGACCCAUUGUUUCCUCUAGCACAGCCCCAGGAGACGCUCCCCAGCACUACUCCACACCCAGUGCCGCUCCGAACCUGAACGAGAGAUAAUAUAUCCUGGGCCUCCAUAGUACAAUUUUUAUUUUAUUUUUCUUCUGUAGUCCAGGGUAGUCGCACAGAAAAUAAGAAUUUGCACUUUAGUAACAUUUAACCACAAAUGAAGAAGUGUGAUAACUAUACUUUUAAAUUUGGCAUAAUGUCAAAGGAACUAGACAGUUUGGUUUUAGUCUCGUAUCUUAUGAGCAUCUGUGCUUUAUUCAUAUGUCAUGCUAGUAUUUUCUAAUUAUAUUGUAAUCUGGUGAUGUUUAAUCAAACUGUGAUUUGAGUCCAUGUUUAGCUGUACCUCACAGCAUAUUUCACAUUUUUAUCUGUUAAUUUUUGUUCCAUAUGGUGAAGGAAUCUAAUUAAACAAAUUUGAAAUGAUAUGUUCCCAUCAAAGUAUCCACACAAUGCUAUAUUCACACAAACGUACAAGAAUAACAUUUGGACGUUAUUUUUCUGCUAAAUAGCUAUGAAGUGUGUGAGGCAUGGUGGCCUGUUACUUUGUGCAUGAACAUCGGAUUCAGUUCAGUUCUGGUUGAAACAUGGGACCAUGUCCAUUCAUUAUACCACAAAACAGAGACCCAUUUCGAUCUUUUCACGCGUUGUUCUGGCAAUACCCUGCUCCUACUGCUGUUUAUUCUGAUGAGUAAUUUAUUCCUUAAAUGGACACGAUAGACACCCAGACUACUUCAUCUCAUUGAAGUGGUCUGGGUGCAAUGACCCUGUACUUUUAGAGGCACUUUCUAUAUUUACAGAGUUUAACGCUGUGAAAAGACACUGAAUGUCCUCAAAAUCCCCAUAUGAUUUUACUUUCAUUUUCUCCAUCAUCACGCUGGUCUUGCCGAGACUGGCCCCACCUACAUGGCAGAGAUCAUCUGUUUUGGCAAUCCCAGCAAAUCCAAUGCUUUCCCAUAGGAAAUCAUUUGGAGGCUAUUGUGCAGUUGGCUUUGUUCCACGCAGCAGCAGAGCAGACUUGGCUGUCCAUAUUCAGGGGAGGACUUGAGCUUUGGCAGAAUCCACGUUGCUGGAAGUCCAAACCUGUAAGUCAGGGCUCGACAAAUGUCUUGGCUCCUGGGAUUUGUGAGCGGUUCCCUCCAAGAUGGGUGGCCGGCUGUGCGUACUGUAGACGGGCAGCGAUGGAACUAUGAUGUCCCUGCUCUGCUCUGUCAUGAUGCAGGGGCUGGAAUAUGACAUCACUUUGGCCUGACAUCACUAAGUGGUACGUGGGCGAGCAGUGAACUGCCUGCCUCCAUUCUCAUCCAGUCAGCCUGUGGCGAAAGUGACCUCGCGACUGGUUGUUGGAGGGGCCUGUUUGCCCGCCUCAUACCUCGUGAAUAUGGCCCCUGGGAGAUUGUGCCCUUUAACAACAGUCUUGGGGCUUAUGGACUUCUAUUGGACUGUUUAUUGCCCUUUAAGAACUGCAUUUGGGGAUUAUGGACUUGUAUUGGACCGUGCUGGCCCUUUAAGAACCGCCUGGGGACAUAUUGAGACUUUGUAUGACAAUGCGCCUUUAAAGCUAUGCCCCCAAACCUUUAAAAUCCUUUGUGCAUGGCUUUCUCCCACUUGGUUCAGUAAAUGUUCAUUUCGAAUGGUUGUCAUUCGUCUGUUUGAACUGACUUUAACAUGGGAAAUAGACCGGCCGCACAGCCUGAAUCUCUGGAACUGUUUUGGGCAUGAAAAUGUGCUUGCGGUCAGUCAGAAAGGACUUCCAGUUAACUUUUUAACCGCUGGAGGGAUUUGUAUGAUUUUUGAGUGUUCAUAUUUGAAGUAUGUUGAGUAAGAAUGUGAUUUUUAUGAAGAUAGAGGAUUUUGUGGCAAUGAAUGGGAGUGUUUGACUAUAUGUUACGUGUUUGGUUGUUCUUAAAAACCCUGUGGGCGGUUCUAUGUGUAAAAUGUGCAUAAAAGCAGAGUGUUUCAUUAAAACUUCAGUUGUUCUUCACCCUCGAUCUAGAGUCCGGUCUCUUAUUGGGGAAUUGCUAUAUCACUACAAGGGAUUGCUAUGCUCUGCAUGCUCCAUUGGAUAAUCACUUCUAAGUUACACAGCCACCCACUAAAAUCUAUAAUAAUAGUGUGUGUGUCUGUCAGUUAGUGUGGUUACCAGCCCCCCUCAGAUCGCAUGGGAAUGGUGUUUUUAAACAUCUUUUCCCCACUGCUAAUCCAACCACUUUGGCUGAUAUCAUCAAGCUUGAUUAUCUCAGUGUUGGGGAUAAAAUCAGCCCGGGCCCUUUGUGGAUGAUGGAUAUUUGCCAACUCAUACAGAGCUCUGGAAAUUGGAAAUGAAUAGCAGAGACGUGUUCAAUAACCAAUUCAAAUUUUAAUUGAUACUUCAGUUAUAUUUAUACCCCAUUUUCAUGUCGGUGGGGGUCAUUGAGCAUUGUGACAUAGUUUAUUUUUCACAAGUUGUUUUUAGUUAUAAUUCGAUGUUACAUAAUGUAUACAUAUUGGAUAAAACCCAGAUGAUUACAAAUACCGAAAUCAAAUACCGACAAUUAACAAGGUCAUUCCAGAAUCCUUGUCAUGUCAUGUCAUGUCAUGUAAAUAACCUUUUCCAGGAACAUAACAAAAUCAUAUUCCAAUAACAUUUCCCGUAAAUAGAUAAGUCAUUGUGACAUUAUGACAGAUAAGUCAUUGUGACAUGAGAUACAAUUCCAAAUUUAUUCUUGGUUCAAAUUAACCCUUAUAUGAACAGCUAGGAUAUUGAGCAAAAUGGAUAUUCGCAUCUACACUCAUCCAAUCCAAUGCUUUCCCAUAGGAAAGUAUUGGAAAGCUAUUAUGCAUGCACUGCAAAAUGCUGCACCAAUCAGCAUCUCUGCAUAGAGAUACAUUGAAUCAAUAAAAUCUAUGGGGAACGUUCAGCGCCUUAAUGCAGAGAAUAUAGACACCUGAAUGUAGGUGCUGUACAAUGUGCAGCUCUAAGAUGCAAAGCACUUUAGUGGCCCUCUGGGUGACUCUCUCUACAGGUGUCAUUAGGCAGCAAAAUAAACACUGCUUUUUUCUCUGCAUGGACAGGUUAUAUACACCAAAACCACUAUAUUAAGCUGAUGUGGUUCUAGUGAUAGUAGUGUCCCUUUUAUGUUGUAUGGAAGCUGACAUCAUGGCUAAGUAGAAACAGGUCUGCAUGGUUUAAAAAAAAUUAAAUUAAAAAAAAACACCUGCCACUUUAGUCCCAGACCUAAUUAGCAAUAAGCAACUCAGUCCAUGACAUCUAGCAGGUUCAGCAAUAAUAGAAAUAAAAUUUUCCAACUGAUGUUCAGAUUCAAAUCAUGCUAUUUACAGCCUGCAUCUCUUUUUAUAAUGUUUAGUAAUGAAGCAUUUUUGCCAUACCUCCCCUACAAUUCAGACAUACAGCAUUUGUGCAUUGUAGGACCAAUCAUGUAUGGGUUUAUUCAGUAAACAUAGGAUUGUGGAGAGUUGCAAAGAAUCUAAUUCUUCCUGUUUGGCUAUUUAGGCUUUGUGGCGAAACCGCUGCCUGAUCUUGAAUUUCCCUUUUUAUAUUGUGUUUCCAUAUCCUUUCGUGUAUUGUGCCCGCUCCACGUUCGGGAGUGCGUCCACGAAGGGAAUGAAUUCUCCUCCCGAACGGGGAUCACCCGAUACCUCAUUUAGAAUGCUAGGUUAGAACAUUCUCACCUAGUAACAUAAGUGUCAAACCGCAAGGGAAACCAUUAAUGAACCCUCCCCUGGUUGGCCACCAUUUCGUUAGACGAACGCCAACCAGGGGAGCGUUUGUGGAUUGUUUCCCAGCUCAUUCAUUCCCCGGACGAGGACCUCCCCAGCGCUCCGUUGGAACGUUCACACCAAUUAAUCAGAAUGUUUGAAAUUGCAACAUAGGUGUGAAAUGGCAAGGGAAAAUGAAUGCUCCCCGUGGGUGGUUGCCAUUCGUGCCUACGAGCAGCGGUCAGGUUGAGCAUUCGUAUCCCGAAAGGAGACGCUUCCCUUUUCUAGGUUUUACACGGGGACUUCGCGAACUGAGGCUAGUCGAGAGAGGAGCCGUUGUGCGGGUCCCUGAGAUUGAUGUGGACACUUGUGGGGCACUGGCGGGUUUAGUGGGCUUUCCUGUGCCUGAGGGGCAAAGGGAUGGUCCCCUUUUCCCACCCCUGGACUCCCAGGCACAGAGGCUCGUGGGAAGAAGACCCCCUGGCGUCUGGUGUGGGAAAUACUGUGUUAUAGUGGCGGGCUUUGGGGACAAAUGGAACAGACUCCUCCUACCCUAGGGCCCCUGGGAUCCUGGGAUGUGACCCUGUACUGUUGUGUGGGAGACACCUUGCAUGGGGAUAUACAUAAGCCGCGUAUGGUCAAUACAAUUGUGUUGUAUCUCCAGGAUGUGUGUCGUCCAGUUACUGUGGGGAAAUGGUCUCUUCAUACUCUAGGUGGUUCCUGACCAGCUGAAGAAAGGGACUUAGUGGAGGUAACCGGUCGGGUUACCUGUGGUCUGCUACAGGCUUGAUAUUAGCCAUUUUGUUUGUUGGACUAAAUCACGAGUUGUAAAUAAGUCCCACUGCCCUGCACGCCAUAAUUUGCUUACUUAUCGCACAUAGUUUUUAUACAAUAAUGUCAAUUCCUGAAAGAACAAAGAACAUAAAAAAUGUUUUGGGAAUUUGUUGUGUUUUUCUUGCUGUACUACUUUUGCAACCCCAGAUUACCAAUGAUUUUAUAUUGCUGAGCUAUAGUUUAUUAUAAACAUGUCAAGAUUCAGCUUCUAGUUGAUUUGAAAAGCUUUUUUGCUUUUGUUGCCUUUCUAUAACUAAGUGUAUUUUAUUUUCUGAUCUGUUUCUUUCUUGUAGGAAGUGGAGACCCUCACUUCUCAUUGGAGCCUUUACAUUAACUUGGGUGGAUUCGUGGUUGGGAUCUUUUCUGUGAUGCUGCUUGGCCCUUGGAGUGACAGUGUGGGACGGCGUCCUGUUCUCAUCCUUCCAGGCUUUGGCCUGGCCCUGCAAGCAGCUAUCUACCUUGUAGUCAUGUACCAGAAGCUUCAUGUGGGAUAUUUCUUGCUCGGGCGCAUCAUCAGUGGUAUCUCUGGUGACUUCAAUAUGAUCCUCGCAGGUUGUUUUGCAUACAUUGCAGAUGUCAGCAACCGGCAGUCACGGACCUUCCGUGUUGCCAUCCUUGAGGCAUGUCUAGGCAUUGCCGGAAUGGUAGCUAGCAUUAUUGGAGGACAGUGGCGCGAAGCCCAGGGUUACAUCAAUCCAUUUUGGCUGGUUUUUGCUGUGAAUCUUGUCACUGCUCUAUACGUAUACCUCUGUGUCGGGGAGUCUGUUAAGGAAAAGAAGCCAUCAAGACUUUUUACUCCGCGGCACUACCAGUCAGUAUUCCGUCUUUUCACAGUGGCAGGUGAAAACAAGCGACGUGGAAAGUUGUGCCUAUACUUACUGGCUUUCCUACUAGUGGUAACCGUGCACAUGGGUGCCAAGGACCUGUUUGUGAUUUAUGAGCUCAGUUCUCCCCUCUGCUGGCACUCUGACCUGAUUGGAUAUGGCUCAGCGGCAGAGCACCUCACUUACCUUAGCAGUCUUGCCGGGCUGCGACUCUUCCAGUUGUGUCUGGCAGAUAGCUGGGUAGCAGAAAUGGGGUUCCUCUCCAAUAUUGCCGGGCUGGUUGUUAUUUCAUUGGCUGCAACCACUCCAAUGAUGUUUACAGGUGACGUAUGACAUUUAAAAAAUAUAUAUAAUUUUUCCUCUAUUGCUGAACUCCAGAAAAGGGUUUUUAGAGUAUAACUGACCCUCGUAUGUAAGAUAUAUUAUGGCAAAUUUAUUUGGAUGACAGUUCCCAGUAGAAAUUAAUGGGAUUUACAAGCACACAGUUACCACCGACUUUCCUUGAAGUCGCUGAGAAGCUACAGUAAGUAUUAUUGAGCAGUUUGCAAUAAUUCCUACAGGGAAAUAGACUGCCUAAACUUCAUGACAAAUUCAACUCUCUAACACCUAGAAAGUUUCUGGGAUAGGGUAGCCCUAAAAUAUCACUGAAUCAUAAAGUCAAAACAAAGGUUUAGGAAAAAUUACAGAGUAGCAAUGUGACUAAAAUGCAAGCAUGUUUUCUUAAAGCGACGCUCCACUACCCAAAUGAAAAAAAAAACCACACAAACUAUUUAGUAGAUCAAUGAAAAGAUGCAUGCAUUUAAAAUAUCCUUGAUAAAGCUGCAAAUCUGCUGUCUGCAGCCUUUGCAAGUCCCCCAUUUCUUCCCCAGACCGGACUUCCUGUGGCUGUCAAAUUAGACUUCCCAAUGCAGCUUAAUGCGUGGAAGGUUCUCUGGGCAAUUGUCUGCUUCUUAAGUUUAGCUCCACUAAGCUAAACUACCAGAUGUGUGAACAAGGUUAAUUUUAUACAAGUGCCAAUUUCGGUUGCAAUCAAAAUGAGGGGUUGGAGAGGACAAACUCUUCACACUCAAAGAAAUUCAGAAAGUUGAAGUGCUUUAGGUGUAUGAUAUUACAGGAAGAAGAUAUCAUAUAGACAUAUGUGGUCACCAACUGCAUCAUCACAUCUCAUGCAUUCCUUGGUCUUGAAAUAACACUGCUGGUUAUUUGAGAAUUAGCAAUAUGUGUUAAAUGUUAAACAAGCAAAAUGUUGCAUGAACUGCAAUAUUUCUCCAAUUCUGCUAUGUUUGCAAUUUGAAAUUUGGUCUUAAAUUUGCAUUUAUAUUUUCGUUUCACCACAGUUCAGCAGUCGGUAAAUAAACACUCAGUGGUCCUACAGAUUUUUUACAUCUAAUUUUUUUUUUUUUUUUUUUUGGUCAUACUGCUUGUGUAACCUUUAGUUAGUAUCAAAACAUGGCUGAGGGGCCACCCUUCCUGGCCUAUUCUAGGAGACCUUCAGCACAUACAUUUUAAUUCCUUGGGUUCAUACCAUACCCAAUGAAUUAGUCAGUUCUACUAAUCCCUCUCAUUGUCACAUUAAACUGUUUCCCCUCUUGCACUUUUCUAGAUAUAUUCAUUAAUUAAAGAGGCACUGUCAUGCCGAAUCCCGUUUUUUUUUUAAACCCCCCUCCACUACAUCCAAUUGACCCACUAGUCACCCUCAAAUGCCCCUAAGCCCCCCACAUUACCUAUUUUUUAAUCCUUAUUUUCUGCCCCGAUCUUAUUCAGGGCGCCGCCAUCUUUGUGUGGGUAGAUGAAGUCCCUGUGGGACACGUCAUCAGCCCACACUAGACAGACUGUGAGAUUCCCGCACAUGCCCAGUGAAACACCUGGACAUGCGAACGGGAAUUUCAUCCAUUCAUUCAUUCAUCAGACAGACGAAUGAGUGAAUAGAAAGAUCAGCCGAACAAACUAACACAAUGUAUCUGUGUAUCAGUGUUAGUUUGUUCGUUCAGUUUAUUACAAGGAGGGAGCUACCGGCGUGCAGCUCCCUCCUUGUAAUAUGUAAUUAUAGAAGCGGCAGGGAGCAGUGCUCCCCACCACUUCAUAAGCCCCCCAGGUCCCCCUCUCACUCUAUGGGGGUCAAUAUGACCCCCAUAAUAGCACAAGGGAGAUUAAAAUCUCCCAAAUGCCCCUACUCGCUAUACCGCCUGUGGCUGCUCACUGUUGAAAAAAAAUGGCAUAAAUUACAAUAAGGAGGGGGUACCUUCUGUCCUCCCCCCGGCCCCCACCCCUGAGCGGUGGGUGGGGGCCCUAAAUAAAGAUAUGGGGGGGAAUUUCUGUCCCGGCCCCCACCCCUGCGCGGUGGGUGGGGGCCCUAAUAAAACAAUAAGGGGGGGGGACCUACUGUCCUCCCCCCUGGCCCCCACCCCUGAGCGGUAUAGCGAGUAGGGGCAGAUUAUUUACUAAUACUAAGUAAUCUUUACUUAGUAUUAAUAAAGUUGGCUGAAAGACCAAUUUAGGUCUUUCAGCCUUUUAGUAGAUAACUCCCUGAUACCGUGGGAAUUAGGGAGUUAUCUACUAAGCGGCUGCAAGAUGCAGCUGCGGCAAUGAAUAGGAUCGGAGUUUCAUUCAUUAGAAUGAAAUUCCGAUCCGAAUAAAAUGCCGAAUUGCGUUCUAAAAGAAACGAACAUACUGUUGUCAUUCAGUUAGAACGCAAUUCGGCAGUUUAGUGUAAAGUGACAUGAAGCAUCGCGGGAACACAGAGGGAAGGUGAGAAUCAUGGGAAAAUUGCUCUGACCAGCGGAAAUGAAGCACACUUUGCUCCUCCGCUGGUCAGAGCUGGUCAAGCGGAGGAAUCCUCCAUAAGGCAAAGAGUCCCUACUUUGUCUUAUGAUUUUAAAGAAAACUAAAGAAGACAGGAAGAAAAGAAUAACAGAUCCUGAGAGAGGGGGAGAAGAGGAAGAGAUUGAGGAAAGGUAAGUUCGGCAUGACAGUGCCGCUUUAAACUUCUUUAGAAAUAACUGUUAACCUAGCCUUGAUGUCAACAUAAAUGUUCUUAUCUCCAUAAAAGUUUUGUGUAUUUUCUUUUUCUUUUUAGGGUAUGGGUUAAGGUUCUUUGCAAUGGCCACUACACCAAUAAUUCGGUCUAAGCUGUCUAAAUUGGUGGACGAAGGCGAUCAAGGUAAGAUCUCCUCUCGAUUAUGCAACCAGAAUAUAUUCAUAAUUCUUGUCAUAGUUUGUUAGCCAAAGCGCCAAAACACUUUGUAUUAUUGCUAUUGUGCUAUUAAAGUUUGUUCAUAUCACUUAUUCCAUAUUGUGUGUGUGUGCUCACACCCAAUAGGGAAGGCUUUUUCUGCUUCCCUGGAGAGUGACCCAAACUGAGUUCUGUGUAUGCUCAGUCACUGCUAAGACACAGCAUAGUUAACCAGGCUGUGUAUCACGGAAUAGGGUUGGUGUGGUUGCCAUUAGUUUUAAAAAUCAGUUCACAUAUUCCUGUGCAAUGCUUUAACCCCUUAAGGACACGACAUGUGUGACAUGUCAUGAUUCCCUUUUAUUCCAGAAGUUUGGUCCUUAAGGGGUUAAACUGUUUGGGUAUUAACUACUUAUUUCAUAAUUUCCAGUCCAGUGGAGUAUUAUGGGGUAAAACAUGUCGUUGCCUCCCAUACACUAAAAUGAGAUGCUCCUGAUAGGAACGUCUCACCCUGGUCUGCUUAUGGUUUUCCUUUAAAACGUUGCAUUUUGUGUGGUUGCUCGUGCUUAAAAAUAGGUUUGGCGAUGGUCACACUUGUGUGAGAUGGUUUCAUUUCCUUACUCAGGAGUUCUUCUCUGACUUUCUCUGUAACUGGACUACUUGCUACUUUCUAGUUAAAGUGUCUAUAACGGAAACAAUUUUUGCAUGUCUCGUGUUAUACAAUUAACUGCUUCUUCCCUGAAUACUGAAAACUUGUAAGUUUAUUGAUUUCCAUUACCCCAUUAUGUUUCAGUGGGUGUUACACUCCUGCAUACCCCCUGUUUGGGAAGCACAGACUUGCUUUCCACUAAGUCUCCAACACUUUAUGUUGACUAUAUGUAAAUAAAAUGUAUCUGUUUUUCUGUCUCCAUUCUAUGAUUGCCUGCCCAAAGCCACUGUAGUAAAUCAUUUUUCACUCUCCAUGCUGGUGCUGCUCUGACACAGAGCCUGCCUCUCCCUAUUGCUUCCCUGUGCAGGCAUUGCUUCCCCUUAGGCUGAAUUCAGGUGAGCAGGCACGCUCAAAGGAGGGUUUACCUAGUAUCAGACAUGCAUAGCACAGCCUUCUUAUAUCUGUGCCAGUUGGCACAGAUGGAACUGACUGAGAGGGCAAGGCUGUUUCUCGACAUCUGAUUUUAUAGUAAUCUACACAUUUAUAAGCAAAUGUAUGGAUGAAAUUUGAUUCUCUCAUUUAAAAAUAGGUAUUAUUGGCAUGUACCCGUUACGGCUUAAACAUCAGAUAUGUUUUUGACGCUACAGAUCCUUGUUUUCCAUUAAUCAAACUAAUUUAUCAUGGUUUUGGUAUCCUGCAACAAUGCCAUCAAAUUACCAUUAUUACUAAAAUACAACUUUUGUUUGUUUGUGGUGUCUAUAACCGCAAACACACAAAAUGCAAAGCUUGUACUUUGUGUGUGGGGCACAGUGACCUUGUUCUAUGCGGACUGAUCUCCUUGGCUACUCUUAUGUGUUGAAACCUGGUCUUGGUACUGUGCAUUGCCUUUGUUCCAGGCGGCCAGUUCAAUAGAUAACAUGUGAUGCUACUCUAUGUGGAACCUUGUCUGUUUGUAGCACUGCUCAUGCUGGGUCUCUUUUUAUAUUUUUGUUCCAUAGGUGCAUUAUUUUCCUCUGUGGCAUGUGUGGAAGGCCUGUCCUAUUUGCUGGCAACUGGGAUAUUUAACUCUCUGUAUCCAGCAACGCUUCACUUUAUGAAGGGUUUCCCCUUCCUGCUAGGUGGUCUUUUACUGCUGAUCCCAGCUGGAAUCAUUGGGUAAGUAUCACAUGUCCUUCUACUUUGUUUCAAUAUAUGUAAAAAACAUGUACAGGUAUCUGCUCCUUAUUGAUGGAUCCGAAUAAAAGCUCUAGGCAGAAGUGAUAUGGUAUUUCAUCCUUCUGGUACUGAAUUAGAAAGCCAGGCAGGAAAACAAUGGUGAGCUUGGAACAGUCUCUACUAUUGUGGUAUGCAGACACAUUCUGCUUUCGGCUACUAACCACUGGCCACCAGAGGCAGUACUGCACACUUCCCAGUCUCCUCUGUGUGCAAAGGUGCACAACGGGGAUAGAAGAAUUGGUUCUAUUUAAAUUGAAGGUAUGUUUGUUCAUGGAUUUAUCAAAAUGAGUGUUUGCGUGUUUUACUUGUACAAAUGAAAAUCCAUAGUUGAUAUUCUUUAAAUGACUUUGCAUUAGGACAAACAAACCAAGAUCUUUUUUUAUUUUUUAUUUUUUUUUUAGGAUAAUUGAAGUAUGCGACCAGAAACCAAUGUACAGUCAAUUCUCAGAGAUUUCGUGAGUCUAAAUCAAGGAAAAGAAUAUGAAAAUGUCUGGAUCCAUGGUGGAAAAAUUGCUUGAAGAAUGAGUACUUUCGCGGUACCCGUUCCUUGCUUCACUCUUAAGCACUUCCAAAUCAGUUGUUGCACAAAUAGGAAAAAUUUGUCUUGAGGAGGAUGAGCAAAUCUUUUUGACACAUUUAAUGACUGUAAUCUAAAUAAUUCUAUGUGAUACCAAGCAUAGUCCACUAGCACUUUCAACGUAGGAGACAUGUGUUGUGUGCAGUCCAACGGUCAGCUCUCCAGCUACUGUGAAGAUAUAUGUGUAUAUAUCCCAAAAUACUUUUGCCAACCAAUAGCUUUCAUGACAUCAUGGGCGGUGUUAUCUGGUGGAUAUCCCUAUCCUCUGCUAAUAUAUUUUACACACUAAUGAAAACUUGAAAAAUUUAACAGUGAAGAGUAUUAUUCUACCCUUAAUUUCUAAACAGGAUUAGCCAGCAAAUAGUCAUACAGCUUUUAUCAGAGUCAAGCUCCCAUGAUGCUUUGGAGGCUGUUGGCUAUCCCUCUUCUGCAAAGUUAUUGUAAUCACAAUGCAGCAUAGUAGAGUCUGCCAUUGUCAGAAAUGUUCAGUGUAGCGACUGUCUAAUGUGACACUAAAUCUGCUUGAGUAAGGUUGUUUGCUUUAUCUCCUUGUAAAUUCUUUUUACUGCCAAAUGUGUUUGAGCCCAUGUGUAGGAGGCAUAAUAUUUUAUGAGCUGUCUGUAUGCAAUGUAUGCAUAAUGUGAAAUUUGAAUACAUUCUGUGGAUACUAUUGGUGUUUAGAUUAACAGAUUGUGGGGUUUCUGUUAUAAUAUUGUACCACUUAGUCUGAAAUAGCAGACUUGGAAUAUUUAAACAGUGAGUUGGGAAGUAGGUUUUUUUGCCCUCCUAGCUCCUCCAACAUUGCUGUUUUUGCUCUGCCUUUCUGCUACCCAAUUAAUGUCCAUUCACUGCUUCGUGAGCCAACCAAUCAAAGUGAGAGGUGGAAGUAUAUGCAAUGCAUCUCCCCUUCCAGAUUAAAUUUAAAUUGAGUGACUGUUGUACUGAAUGUGGAAACAUUGUAGGCAGCAUAUUUGAGAAUGUAUACAGCUUCUUCAUGCCGCAUGAAUGCUUUUUCUAAUCUACCCCCGUGCUGUCCAUGAAUUGUGGAGUUUGCAAUCUGAAGCUUACAGCAGUAAUAUUGUGCCUUUUUUACUCCUUUUGUUUCAAAUAAUUACUGAUUCAGUGUUUUUUAUAUAGCAGAAUUUCAUUUUGUAGCUUUUAUUUUUUUUCCUAUUUUUGCAAAUUCAGCAUUUUGCUUUACAUCCCCCGAAUGAGUAUUUCAUGAAGAUUAAAAUCUCUUUUAAUAUUUCAUAAAAAUAAAAUUUCACUGAAAUUCCAACUCAGUCAAAAGAUAUCUGAAAGAAAAGUAGGGACUACUUUGACUUCUGCAUCCCAUGCCUGACAAAACUUGACAAAAUGCAGAGCUGCCACUGUCUUUUUUUUUUUAUACUUCUGGUUGUGAGGGAAAAGGGCAUUUUCUAUGAAGGUGGAAGCUCCAUAGACAGCACUAUUGUACUCUAAUACGUGCAUGAGAGUACAGCACUGACGUGGGCUCCUGGUAGAUGAAGUACCAGGAGCCGAUGAGAAUCACCACUUCAGUACCUUCCCCUGCACCCCUACGUCACUGCCCUGCAAGUCACCACCAGUGGUCUUUGCAUAAGUUGACAGAGCCACUUUAAAGGGACACUGUAGGUACCCAGACCACUUCAGCUCAUUGAAGUUGUCUGGGUGCAAUGUCCCAUAUCUCUUAACCCUACAGUGGUAACUCCACCUCUAGUGACUGUUUACCAGACAGCCACUAGAGGGACUUCCUGAAUUGAAGCGGACCUUUGGUCCGGUAUCUGAUGCUGGACGUCCUCACGCGCUGCAAGAGGACUUUAAGCGUCAGAUUUUUUCCCCAUAGGAAAGCACUAAAUUUAAUGUUUUUUGUUUUUUUUUGUUUAAAUUUCGGGCCUGCUUUAAAGGUCUUUUCAAAGUUCUGUAUUUUACCCUCUCAUUGCCAAACAUGUAAGCACUACAUUGCCUUCUUUCUGCUAGUACUGCAGUAUCAGCUAGUUAGCCGGGUUCAACAUAACUGGGAUAAGCAUUAACUUUCAUCACUCUCAACUCUCUCGUUUUUUUUUGUUUUUUGUUUUUUUUUUAUAACCCCUUUCAGCAGCAAGAUGUAUAUUUGCAAACCAUUUAAAUGUGAACCAAGCAGUUGGUAUAUCACUGCUAUAUGUAUAUAUUUUUCAAUUUAAUAUUAUUAAAUUGACAUGUACCCUCAGAGGUGCAGAUGUCUUAAAAUAUCUUAACAAUGCAAGUGAUUGUUUAUUUUUAUGUGUUGUGCAAGACACAGAUUAUUGUGCACCUUGGUUUUGCGUUCUUAAUUUAAAUUAAAGGGCAUUUUCAUUGUU